GAUAACGGCGCUGGUACGACACAUGAAUUAAAUUAGAAAUAAAAGAUUGGAAAUCAAAGAAAGAUCGAUUUCUCCACUGAAUGCUAACGUGGAGUAAAAGUGAAACAAAAGAAAUAUAAAAGUUGGUCGCAGGAAUUAGGUACAGUACCAAGACAAUAAUUCAACCGCUUUCUACGAACAUUUAAACGAACAGAGCAAUCAAACUACGAAAAUAUGGCACCUUCAGCUAUCGCGAUUCCUGAGCCUAUUGAGCCUCAUAUUAAGGAUGUAGUGAUCCAGAAGAAAGACACACUUCCUCUUCCGGAGGCAGCUCGCCGUCGUCUCGAGGCUGCAGGUAUUGACCUUAGUAAUGGCUAUCCUGAACGUCCAGCUGCUCCGCUAUAUCUCGAUGAUGUAAGUAAAAUUCUGUCGGUUCGGUGUCACAUCUUAUUAUCCGUGAGGCAGAGGUGGUGUGCUAUGAAGUACCCCAUAAGUCAUACACAAAAUCUCGCCUAUUGUCCCAUCAACUUCAAAAUUAUCCCCUUCGAGAAUUUUGUCAAUAAGAAAACCUAGUCUAACAUUUCAAAUCACAGGCGUACUCGAUCAGAAAUGUUGAUCGUGAACAUGUCGAUGCCGGUGCACGAGCCGACAAAUCAAAAAAUGCUUUACUCAGUGCCGCCAAAGAAGUGAUUCAUUUGACCUCACACAUCGGAACAGAGAUUGUAGGGUUACAACUCAAAGACUUGACAGAUCAACAGAGAGACGAGUUGGCACUUUUGAUUGCCGAGCGAACUGUCGUAUUUUUCAGGGAUCAAGAUAUCACUCCUCAGCAACAGAAGAGCUUGGGUGAGCAUUUUGGGGAGAUUGAGAUCCAUGUGCGUGGUCUUGCUACCAAAUUCGAGCUGAUACUGACCUUUUGAAGCCUCAAGUUCCACAUGUUCCAGGUGUACCCGGAGUUACCAUUAUUUGGCCGGCAUUAAUGGCAACUGAGAGGAAAGCCUCGUUUAGACAGCCUGGAGGAGCGUCUAGAUGGCACACGUAAGACUACAAUAAUCGUUCAAGUCGGUCUGUUUUAACAUAUUUCAGUGACCUCGUUCAUGAGAAACAUCCAGCUGGAAUCACACACUUACACAAUGAUACUAUACCUACUAUUGGAGGUGACACUCUCUGGGCCAGUGGCUAUGCAGCAUACUCCAAGCUCUCCCCCGGGUUCCGUAAAAUGAUCGACGGAAAAAAAGCAGUCUACACAAGCGCGCACACAUAUCUAGACAGAAACGACCCGAACGCCGGUCCCAAGUACAUCGAGAGAAUCCAUCCUCUCGUCCGGGUUCACCCAGCAACUGGCUGGAAAGCUCUGUACGUCAACAGAGCAAUGACGAGCCGUAUCGUAGGUCUAGACAAAGCAGAAAGCGACGUGAUCUUGAAUUAUCUCUAUGAUGUUUAUGAGUCCAACGUCGAUAUCCAAGUUCGCUUCAAGUGGACACCGAGAACUUCGGCGUUGUGGGAUAACAGGAUUGCUAUCCAUAAUGCAAGUUGGGACUAUGAGGGUGGCGAACCGAGACAUGGAACGAGGGUUACUAGUUUGGCAGAAAAGCCUUAUUUUAUUGCUGAUGCUCCUACGAGGAGGGAGGCGUUGGGUUUGGCGGAUGAUUGAGAGUAAUUUUGUUUCUCUGGUGAUAAGUAAGGUUUCAUUCGCAUCAUGUAUUAUGAAUGGAGAAUAGAAUGAUGAAAUGGC